AUGAUUAGCUAUGGCCUUGUCGUCCAAAUCGCCGGCCUGAGCGAAUGGGAAGAUAAGCACAUACUCGACCUGGCCUUUGUUGCGCAUGAGCAGUUCCUGACCCAGUUCGCGAAAGACGACAAUGCCAAAAGAUAUAAGAGUCCCUCGUUGAGUGCGAAAGACAAGCCGCGAGUGACCACUACGAUGGUCGUUGACAACACUGCUUAUAUUGCGACCUCGCUGAAAGGCAAGGGUGCUUACAUCUACGAUUUAUCCAAGUCCGAUAUCAAAGGCAAUCAUCCGUGUGAGGGUCCAGUACUCGAGGGCCUUCGCCGUUGUCAACAGAGAUCUAUCGACCUCGAUAACACCACGCAAAUGCACCGUACGAAGGCCAAAUGCGGAGAGUACAUGGCAGCAUUGGCUUUUUGCAUUGAUACCCGACAGCAGAGAGAACUGUCGGACGCCAAAAUCGUGUCAAUCUUUGCCAAAAGCCCAACCGAGAAUGUUUUGAUCCCGCCUUGCGAUAAAACCAGUUCGGGCGAGAAGGGCGUGUGGAAUGAAUGGGGUUGUAAUGAGUUCACGCAGGAUGUGAAGAUGCAUGUGAUUACCGAUAAAGAUGGGCGAGAGGCCAAGGACGUAGCUGAUGAAGAUAUUCAGCAGCCGAGCGAGCAGACUCGGUAUCCAUGA